UAGAGUCGUAGAGUUUCCGAGGGGAGCGUGAACGCAGCACGCGGAUCAACCUGGAGGAGAGUUGCAACCGAACAGAAACCGCGAACGCAACAAGUUCACGCAAUAAUGGGACGUUUGCGGGUUAACCACGCAACCCGGACGCGUUUUUAUUGAUGCCUUUCGUGUCGAUUCACAACUUUUAAGCCCGGGAAAAUUUGUGGGCGACGUCGUUGGUCGGUUGGAAACAAGAGUUCUGCUUUCAGUCGGAUGGAAGUGAGUGAGACAGGUCGGCUUUAGAGACAGACAGGUCUUUCAACGGCUGCCGCUCAGGGACAUUUGAAGGGCUCGAUGUCCACGUUAAACUUCGCCGAGGAGCUGGACUUCAGGCUGAUCUUUGAGGACGACGGCCGGCAGACAGCAGAUGAGGUGGAGGGCGAGCUGCGCGAUGCUGCCCGCCUCGCCCUGGGGUCCCCCCUAGGAUCACCUGUGGGGUCCCCGGGCUGCGGGGGCGGGGCCUUUGGGGUGGAGCUGUGGCAGCAGAUGUACCAGCAUCCUUCAGCCUUCAGCCCGGCGCUGUCGCCUCAUCAGUCGCCACGCCAGUCGCCCCGCCAGUCGCCACGCCAGUCGCCCUGCCACUCCCCUCGUACCAGUGUUACAGAGGAGAGCUGGCUGAACCGACGGCCCACCUCCAGGCCGUCAUCCAGACCGACCUCCCCCUGCGGGAAGAGACGCCACUCCAGUGCCGACCCCUACGCUCGCUCACCCUCCCCUCACCACUCCCCCAGCCCCACGCCGGGCGCCUCUCCGCGGGGCAGCGUGACGGACGACACCUGGGUGGGAAGCCCCGCCGGCGCGCUGGGAUCCCUCCUGAUGUCUGGCUACCAGGAGCUGGACGUCCCCUCCAAGACCAGGAGGACGUCGGGGAGCCAGCUGGGCCUCCUGGCCGGACAGGGAGACCCCGGGCUGGAGCCCUUCCAGGACUCCCCGACAGAGGAGGGGCGCGAACAGGACGGCCUGGCCGAGCUCUUUCUUCAGGUGCCCUCCCACUUCAGCUGGAACAAACCCAAACCUGGAAACCCUCCUCUGUUCAGUAUCUCGUCGCCUCCUCCUCUGGACUGGCCUCUACCCAGCCAGUUUGACCAGUGUGAGCUGAAGGUGGAGGUCCAGCCCAGAUCCUACCACAGGGCGCAUUAUGAGACGGAGGGCAGCAGAGGGUCCAUUAAGGCAGCGACUUCAGGACAUCCUGUCGUCAAGCUGACGGGAUACAGCGAGCAGCCGGUCAGCCUGCUGCUGUUCAUCGGCACCUCCGACGACCGCUACCUUCGCCCUCAUUCCUUCUACCAGGUCCACCGGGUGACGGGGAAGAUGGUCACCACCAGCUGCCAGGAGAAAAUUAUGGGUUGCACCAAAGUCCUGGAGAUCCCGCUGCUUCCAGAGAACGACAUGUCCGCCAGCAUUGACUGUGCCGGCAUCCUGAAGCUGCGUAACGCCGACAUCGAGCUGAAGAAAGGGGAGACGGACAUCGGGCGGAAGAACACGAGGGUGCGCGUUGUGUUCAGGGUCGCCGUCCCGCAGCCGGACGGCCGGAUGAUGUGGCUGCAGACGAUGUCCGUCCCUGUGGAGUGCUCCCAGCGCUCGGGUCAGGAGCUUCCCCAGGUGGAGAGCUUCAGUCCAGCCAGCUGCUCCGUGGACGGAGGAGAGGAGCUGCUCAUCACCGGAUCCAACAUCUCCACACAGUCCAGGGUUGUGUUCACGGAGAAGGGGCCCGAUGGAAGAGCGCUGUGGGAAACAGACGCCAGAGUUGUGCCGGAGAAAAGCAGCGGAUCCAGCAUUGUGGUCGAGGUUCCUCCGUACAACAGGAAGACAUCGGAUCCGGUCCAGGUCCACUUCUACGUCUCAAACGGGAAGAGAAAAAGAAGUCUAGCGCAUAAUUUCACCUACCUGCCCGCAGUCAGACGUCACCUCCCCGCCGCCGCCGCCGGAGUCAAACAGGAGCACUGGGACACAGACCACAUCCCCCACAAUCCACCUGGCUUCUGUCCGACCUCCCACGACCGAGUGCUCGGCCCAGACCUGCUGUAUUAUGAUUCCUGUGACAUCCCAGUGCACUGCGGUCCUCCUCCCCUUAACGCGCCUCGUCUUCAUCACCCCCCUCCCUCCUUAAUGUUUCCUCACGCCUCCUCCGUGCCCUCCGCAGUCCCCCACCAGACCCUGAUCCCUCUCCAGACCUCCAUCAUACCUCCUCAGAUCGCCACCCUGCCUGUCGAGGCCUCCUCCGUGCCCCUUCAGACCUCCUCCGGUGGACCCCAGAGGGAACCGUCUCCGAGCUCCAGAAGAGCCUUCGUGCCCGCCGCCGACCCGCAGAAGGACUCCCCGCGCUCCGGCCCAGGAGAGGCGCUGAACAUCAAGCAGGAGCCGGAAGAGUCCCAGCCGAACCUGGGAUCCCUCGGCCUCCGGGAGAUCACGCUGGAUGACGUGAACGAGAUCAUCGACAGAGACAUCGGCGGUCUGAGCGGCGGCGCCCAGCCCGACCAGUUCGACCAGUUCCACCAGUACGACUGGGAUCACAAGUCCGGCGACGCUGCCUUACCGUUCUGUGGAGGCCCUCAGUAGUCCCGCUGCUUCUUCUUCUUCUACUGUUCGCUUCCUGGACACAAACACGCCGGCGCUCGCGUACGUUUGCACAGAGCGCACCAAGUGCCUGAGAACCAAUCAGCAGCCUCCGACGAGCUCGUCUCAUCAGGGUUUUUCACGUCACUGUUUCGUCCUCGUCUCUCAGGAAGUUUUUCACUGACGAACCAAAGAUUUUUGUAGCUUUUCGUGACCGAAUUGGAACAAAAAAAAAAGGGCUGUAAGUGAACGUUAGCAAUCAGUAACGUCAUUAGAGGCUAAAAGUCGCACACAAACGAGAGAAUCCUGUCAUUAUUUAUUGGCUAAUUGAUUAAGAAAUCUAUUUUUGAUACUCUGGAUCAGGUCCAGGAUAAACUAAAGUCCUUCAGCUGAUUAUUUACAUUUUUAUAGCUUGGUUUUAACUCUGUACGGUUUACAUUUCCUUGGCUGAAUUACAUGAAUGCUGUCCGACCUGUUUUGGUGUGAAGCUUCAGACACUGAAUGAUAGAAAUGUAUCGUGAGGUUGAAGUAAAAAGAAAAGAAAAUGUCGGAUGUUCUGUGUUUCUAUAAAUCAUUUUAAAGGAG